AUGCUCAAGGUCAUGGCUGCUAUGGCCGGUGACGUGCUCUACAACCUUUGCACCGGCUACUACGAGGAGGGGCGGCCCACGAACAAGGAGAGAACUGCCGAGCGGAAGAAGAACUGCCUGCUGUGCAUCCAACGUGUCCUGGAGGUCGCAGUGGGCCCAGGGGACCUCCUCUCUUCGGAUAUCAGGGCGGACAUUGCUGCCGAGGCUUACGCUGCCUGGGGCGACUGUCAGGGCUGCCUGAUGGCCAAAAGCCAGGGGCUGCCGGCGAAGGGCACCGACUUUGCCAAGUACAACUUGGAGGAGAUUUCUCACGACUUCGUGACCACCGGACCUUUCCGAGACCUCGUCCAUGCGAUUGUGAACCGACAGCAGAAGCUGGACGAGGCCUUCUUCAAGACGGUCGUGGAGCGAAUGCGACAACACUUCGGCGAAGGUGACAAGAUGCUUGGAGAGGAGGAUUUCCAGGCCAUGGCCGUGGAAUUGGCAACCCUUUCCGCGCUCUGCACCGGGGUUCGCGCCUUCUGCGCCGCCGCGGGGUACGAGGCUCCCGAGCUGCCCUCGCGGCCGACCCCCGCCGAGCCGGGCCGCUUCCGCUGCGUCGCCGACUAUUCCACGGGAUCUUUCAAGACGGACAGGUCAAUAGCCUGGGGGCCGACGCUUCCGACGUCGCAGCUUCGCAAGGAGGUGACCGACCGCUUUGGCAUCAACAGGUCUCUUUGGCUUUUCUCCGGCGACCUCCCGAUGGGCCCGACCUCCAAGGCAAGCGCGGCACCGCUCACAUGCUGGGAGCUUCUGAAGUACAUGGACGUCAUGUACGCGCCAGUCCAAGAUAUCCCAAGGUUUAUGAAAGUCCCGGGUGAAGAUCGGCUGGCGGUAUCUGAAACGGCACUGCUGGGCGGCGGCCAGCAUCCCCUGCACCAAGAGAUUGCGGCUCUAGCGCAUGCGGUGGCCUCCCCGGAGCUGCAGUUAUCUCCGGUGGCCGACGCUUUCGUGAGACUCUGCGGUCAAGAGGGCAGAGUGCGGAAGAAGACGAAUGCCGACCACAAUGCGGAGGUGAUUCCGCCCGCGGAAGGGGACUGGAUUGAUGUGGAGUGGCCUUGCCAGGCCGAGGAGGGCGGCGCAGUGGCGAAGAUAUGGUUCAAGGUGCUGGUCGCCGCGGUGGAUUUGCAGAGGAGCAAAUAUCUUCUGCGCUUUUCAGAUGGCGAGGAGGCCUGGAACUCCCUCCGAAAGAUCCCAUGGCGCAGCGCUCCUGGGCAGGCGCAGGAAUCGGUGCCAUCAGAGCCCCCCGAGCUCCAGGAUGCCAGCGGCUUCGUUCAUUCCUUCACUAUUGAGGACGAGUUCCUCGAUUUCUGCGACGGCUUGCAUGCGCAUCGGCAGGAAGUCGGGGACAAGUCGAGGGGCGAUUCGGAGCAUGGCGAGCCCCUCUGUGGUGGGCUCAUCUCAGUUCUCGUGCGCCGGGACGCGCUGCCAGAGAAGCAGAAAGACAUGUACAACCGGCUCCACCAGAGAUGUAUCGAAGAGGUAGUGGUCGGCCGAGAAGCACUUGCGUUCCCCAAACCGACGAGGUGCCCAAAGCCUGGCCCGGCUGGAUCCAGAAAGCCGCGGGGAAGGCUGGAAAGGCGCGCCCAUCUCAGGACCUGCGACUGCUGCAGUACUUCGAGGGGGCGCAGUUCCAAGCGCAUGUCGACAGUGGCUGGGCUUGUCAGGCCCUGA